AUGCUUCGUAUUUGGGUGGAACGCGAGAGCAGAAGAAUUUUCGAGGAGCAGGGUUCAGAGGCGACGAUUCUCGUUUUGGGCAGCAGACGAGCUUCAAGUAUCAGAACUACGGGAGCUGCCAGGAUUAUCGAAUCACCACGUACUUCAGCACAGUCGGCUCUAUCAACAACACCAGCAGCUCCUGCACAGUCAACGUCAUGUCAACAACAUCGAACGAUCGGGCCCUUCGCAACGACAUCAGCACAUUAA